AUGACUGAAGAAACAGCUCCCGCAAGUCCUAUGUCAGUAGAGGACAAUGAAGAACAGUUGAUGAAAGUAGUGGAGUCGCAAGAUAUCCAACCUGAGUGUACCAACGACUUAAAUUUUGAGAAUCGGUUUCAAGCUAACAGGCAUCGUACAAAGCACCUUUUUCAAGAUGGAUUCUCUGAUGCAAGUUUCCCGAAAAGAGCUGAAGAACUAGCCGACAAAAUUAAGAUCCAAGCAGAGUACGGCCACUGCAUGGUAUUACCAUCCUCACUUGCGGCUAAAGUAGCAUCUGUUGGGCCCAAACAAAAAUUAUCCAACGGCGAAACCGGUGAUAACAGCGAUAAAAUUAGCGCAUCAACAUCUUUGAUUACCGCAAAAGCUACAACGCACCAGCGAAACCUUCCACACUCAGGCCUUACUAGGAGGGAUUCAUCAGCUAUUGCUACCCAGCGACCAGAGUGGCACGCACCAUGGAAGCUAGCUCGAGUAAUAUCAGGUCACUUGGGAUGGGUCAGGGCCUUAGCCGUUGAGCCAGAUAAUCAGUGGUUCGUAAGUGGUGCAGGUGAUCGAACUAUUAAGAUAUGGGACCUUGCGACUGGCCAGCUUCGUCUUACUCUCACAGGACACAUAUCGACUGUUCGAGGCUUGGCGGUCUCGCCGCGUCACCCAUAUUUAUUCUCAUGCGGUGAAGAUAAAAUGGUAAAAUGUUGGGAUUUGGAAACUAACAAGGUAAUUCGCCAUUACCACGGCCAUCUUUCGGGAGUUUACACACUAUCACUCCAUCCGACUCUUGAUGUGCUGGUAACGGGAGGUCGUGACGGUGUUGCUCGAGUUUGGGAUAUGCGAACUAGAUGUAACAUCCACGUUCUUUCUGGACAUAAAGGCACCGUAUCAGAUCUUCAAUGUCAGGAAGCUGAUCCACAAGUAAUCACCACAUCACUCGACUCAACUGUCCGGCUGUGGGAUCUCGCAGCUGGAAAAACUAUGGGAGUACUGACUCAUCACAAGAAAGGGGUUCGAGCAUUAGCUAUUCAUCCUAAGGAAUUCACCUUUGCAACCGCAAGCACUGGCAGUAUUAAACAGUGGAAGUGUCCGGAAGGGGCUUUCAUGCAAAACUUUGAUGGGCACAACUCAAUAAUCAACACCCUUUCGGUUAACGAAGAUAACGUGUUGUUUUCAGGCGGGGAUAAUGGUACCAUAUCUUUCUGGGAUUGGAAAACAGGGCAUAGAUUCCAGGCUUUAGAUACAAUAGCACAGCCCGGAUCUCUCGACGCUGAAGCCGGUCUAAUGAGCUCUACUUUUGAUAAAACAGGACUUCGAUUAAUUUGCGGAGAAGCUGACAAAACGAUCAAGAUAUGGAAACAAGAUGAAUCAGCAACGCCCGAAAGUCAUCCUCUUGAAUGGAAACCAACACUACGGAGGCCAAAGUUUUAG